CUUCUUCUUUCUGACAGUGCUCCGUCUGUGGUCAGAUGCAUCUAAACAUCCAAUGAGAGAGAACAAAGUGCUUUAGUGAACCCGGUCGAAGGGCUUUCUGUUAUUAACAGGGAUAAUCAGCAACCUGCUAAAUCAUCCACCUGCUAUGCAAAUACUCAAACUCACACACACACUUUCAGCACGCUAUACUUACUGUCCUCAUAUACAAAGUUCUAGGAGAUUUGCAUCCAAACCUCACAGCAGAGAGCUUCUGAUGAACUGAACACCUCAUGCAUUAUGAGUUUCUUUGGGAAGUUUGGGAAAACAUCUGUACUACAUAGUGGACCACCCGCCCCACCCAGGAGAACAGAUACCAGCUCUGCAUACGGCUGGCCAGAAGGGGAAUUUGAUGAGGAAGAUGGUGAUACAUAUGAAGCCCCACCAUGUGAGCGUCCCACCAUUAAAGCCCCACCUCGCCAAGUAGAGGAGAACGUUUACCUGGGUUACCCAGACAGAAACCCAAACCCUGUUAUUCCCAAAAGACAGGCAGCACCGCCGCCACGACCAGCCAAGAUCCUCCCGAUAGGGAAAAGCACAAAGCCAGAGCCACCUCAUGAUCCAGAAGAGUUUUACAUCGACCCCAAUGAUGGCAAACCCCCUGAGGUGAUGCGUAAAGAUAAACCUGGUAAAAAAGCCCCACCUAAGAGACCCCCGAUGAGACCUCCACUGGCCCCUCAGCAGGACGAAGAUGUUUACUUGGACCCAAAUGAAGGACAGAAUGAUGAUGAUACCUAUUUAGAGCCUGUAGCAGAACCUCCUUCAUCCCGAAACCCGAUCCGUGUGCCAAUGCCCCCUAAAAGUGUAGGGCGAGACCCUCUACCACCAAUAAUGAAACCACCUGUUCCCAGAGCCCAUUCUAGUUCACUCCUGGUCACUGAGUCUCUGAGCAAAGCUCCGCCACCAGAAAUAAAAAUCAGAAGUAGCACUCUUUCUGGCCAGCUGCCUCCACCUGCACUAAACAGCAAACCAGUUCCUCCCAUCAUCAUCCCCAAAGAACUCAAACCCAGUCCUCCUCCACCUCCAUCUCUGGACAGCACAGCGCAUUCUUUUGGAGUAAAGCCAGCUGCACAGGGGGCGGGGCUUCAGGACAUAGAGUGGUUUGCUGGAGUUUGUGACCGUAAGACUGCGGAGGAAACCGUGUUCAGGAUUAACAAGGACGGCACGUUUCUGGUCCGGUUCAGUAGCUCUCAGAAUGACCGUCAGCCCUACACGCUGGUCGUGCUCUACCGUCAGACCGUUUACAACAUCCCUGUGCGCUUCCUGGAGGACACGCAACACUACGCGCUGGGAAAAGAGGGCAAGAAGACGGAAGAGCUCUUCAGCAGUUUGCAGGAGAUGAUCUCGCAUCACAUGAAGAACCCCCUUCUGCUGAUCGACCGCAAGAGUCAAGCUAAACACAGCACCCACCUCUCUCACCCCGUACGGCCCUAAACCACCCGUCCCUUCAGCCUGACCCUGACACAGAUAUUACAUAUAAAAACACUCACUCAUACAUAGCUUAAAUUAUUUAUAUGAUUAUGUUUGUCAAACAUUAAUAGUGUUUCUUGUGUUUAGUACCUUUCAUGUUUGGGGAUUUUGAAUGUGGUGACGUAGUUUAGCUAAACUGUUACAUAUGUAAUGUUUACAGGGCAACUUGUUGUCUUAGUGUAAAAUAGUUUGAAUAAAGAAAAAAACAACAACAACAA